GUGAGGCCGGGGGCGCGCAGGAGAGAAGUUGAGAGGGGGGGUGGGGGGGGGGGUUUCAGAAAGGCGACAGACGGUGAGGCGACAGAGGGCGGGAAACGGCCAUGUCCCGGGAGGCACCUCCCCCUCCCUCCGACAUUCCCCGAAACCUCAGCUACAUCUCGGGCCUCUACGAGAGAGCCUUCUACGCAUCGCAGAGGCCUAGCGCUCAGGAGGAGGAGGAUGAAGAAGAGGAAGCGGAGGAGGAGGAGAGGAGGGGCAGGCUGAUGGCAACGAGCCGAGGCAGCAGGAGGAGGAAGAGAAGUCCCAGGGCUCGCUCGCUCCCAGCUAGGCCCGAAGCCUGCCACAGCAGGAGCCCCGACUCCCGCAAAAGGGUACGCUUUGCCGACUCGCUGGGCCUGGAACUGGCCUCCGUCCGUAGCUACAGCCGCUGGGAGGCUCCACGGGUCCCCGGACACGUGCAGGCCCAGGUCCAGAAGGACGCCAUCCGCCAUUUCCAGAGCCACUGCGGAGGGCUGACCUUCAAGCAACGUUUGAUCCCUUUAGCCCCAAGAACUCCAUCCAACGCCAUCUUGAAAGAGACUGGGCCAGCGAUGCGUGUGAGUGUAUAUGGAAGAAUGUAUUUGUGA